AUGGCGAUUAAAGUAGCGAUCAUAGGCGCAGGUCCCGGUGGCCUAGUGGCCCUCAAGACCUUGCUAGAGUCCUCGACACCAGAGCAGCAGAUCGAAGCCUGCCUAUUUGAAGCCGAGUCGGAUAUCGGAGGCACGUUCAACUAUCGGUCUUAUCAGAAUGCAGAACUGGUCAGCAGCAAGCAGUUGACAACAUUUUCGGAUCAUCGCUUGCCACUGGAUAGUCCAGAUCAUAUCUCACUUCCCGAAUAUGUGGACUAUCUCCGGUCUUAUGUUGCUAAAUUCAAUCUGGAUGCCCACAUUAAGCUCAACAGCCCCGUCGUCCGAGUGGAGCGAUUACCAGAAGGCUCAGAGUGGAAGCAUCGAGUCAGCUACACGAACAGAGCAGACGCGAACGAGAAGAAGGAAAGGACUUAUGACUGUUCUCACAUCGCAGUAUGCACGGGACUACAUGUCGAACCCAAUAUCCCCACUAUCCCUGGAAUCGAACACAUCAAAGGGGAUGUGUUUCAUUCAUCGCUCUACAAGGAUCGCUCCCAGGUGGCAGGGCGCAAUGUCCUGAUUCUUGGAUGCGGUGAAACAGCUAUGGAUAUCGCCUACGAAUCUAUCAAAGCCGACGCCCAAUCAGUCACCAUGUGCUUCCGGACAGGAUUUCUCUCCUUCCCGAAGUCACUCAGUCGCUUCCAAGUAUUUGGCAAGACCUUCAGCGGAGGUCUUCCCAUCGACGGUCUCAUCACCAACCUGUUCGAGACCGCAUAUGUGCAUCGAGCAAUCGCCCACAGCCGAUUACGCUGGUUCGUCUCCGACUUUGUCAUCAAGCGAGUACUGUGGUUCCUGACAGGAACACAAGCUGGCAUGAACCAGCACGUUGGUGGUCUGCCACAGGAACGACUGGGUCGGGCAUUCGUUUUCCUCAACAAGAGUAACAAGGCGAUGCCGUACCUCAACCGACCCUAUCAAAAGCAUAACCCCAUUCUGGCUUGUAUCGGGAAUCGCUACAUUGACCCACCGGACGAUGCGAACUCCAACCGAGUCGUCGAUACUUGUACAUGGCCCGAGUAUAUUGAUGACUCGGGACGAGUCCAUUUCCAAGCCAACCCCAAGCGAAAGGAUUGGCAGCGGCUGAAGAAUAGGGUCAUCGAGCCGGAUUGUGUGGUAUACUGUAGCGGGUACAAGCAAACCUUCCCCUACCUCGACAGCACAUAUCCCACGGCAUCCGACGCCCAAAUCCGUAACAUCAUCCAUCCAUCCCACCAUGAUAUCGCCUUCAUCGGAUUCGUCCGUCCAGGCGUCGGUGCUAUCCCGCCAAUCGCCGAGCAACAAGCUAUGUGGUGGACAGCUCUGAUCACCGGCAAAAUGGCAAUGCCAACAGAUCCCCCACACUAUCACCUCCUAGCCGCCAAAACCUCACGUAUCCACUACGGUGUCGACCACAGCGCAUACAUGAGCACUUUAGCUCGAGACUUUGGCGGUGCGCCGGGACUGAUGGAGUUGUAUCGUGAGCAUGGAUUGCGGAUUCUUCUGAUCUACUGUUUUGGUGCAUCUUUUGUUACGUUUUAUCGGUUACUUGGUCCGUUCAAGUCACCCGUUGCGCCGGAGAUUGCGCGGACGGAGCUGGCGGAGACGAUUCUUCGAAGAGGGAUACUUGGGAAUAUCUUUUUUGGUCUCAUACCUAUGCUUUUUUACGGAGUUGUUAAUGCGGUGGCUUUUGUGUUGGAUAGAGUUGGGUUGAUUCCUUCGGAGAAGAAGGUGGUGAGUGAGUGA